AUGGAACUUAAGAAUUUGGCUUUAAAAAUGCCUCAGUAAAGCGAAGAAUUUUUACGUCUAUCUGAUGUAAUCGACAUAAGAUGGUACCAUAUUGUUUUACUUGAAAUUGUUAUGCUGAGUCCUACAGUUAUCAUCUUACUCUCUAAUUUCUAUAAUUUAAAUAUUUUGGUCACUUUGUUAAUCUAGCUGGGUGUAGUUUUGAUUGGUCUUCCUUGGCUAGCAAUGAAAAUACUUAACUGUCCUUUAAUUUAUUUUCUUUAUAAUGAGCUAGAGCAUGUUACAAAGCAAAUUCAUAAUGGAUUCAUCUUUUUUCUUUCUAUUUUUUUCAGCAUUAUCCUUGGAUAUCUCUUCCUAUCUCAAAAUUACUAAAAGCUUCUCAAAGUCCAAAAUGACAAAAGUGAGUUAUUUAUAAUGACUUCGUGUAUGGUUUACAGUUUAGUGAACCCCAUUUUUGAGGAAUGGUUUUGGAGAAUAUUUGUGAGAAAGAUAUGGAAUAGACAAGAAAGAGAAUACAAAAAUUUAUAUAUUUCUCUGCAUUAUGCUGCAGCAUAUGGAGUUUUGAUUUAUUCAUUAUCAUCAUCACAAAUUAUUACUUAUUGUUUAACUUUGUUUUUCUUCUUAGCUAAUGAAGUUUUUUAAAUUAUUGGUGAAAAAAGCGGUAUAAUUAGCUCUAUGUUAGCUUAAAUGGGUAUGCAUAUAGCAGUUUCUAUUAUUAUGAUAGAUAUUAUAAAUAGAAAAAAGUGA